AUGGAAUGUAUUACAGAACUUUGCGAGAUGAGCAACUCAACACAGAAGAACCAAUCUUCCAGAAAUGUCAAAAAAGUAUUCAAAGGUUUCACAUCUGCAUACCCAACACAAUCCUCCAUUCCUUCCAGAUAUAUCCAUUUUAUAGUUCCAUAUACAGAAAGAAAAGGAUUCAAUAGUCAAGUCAAGCGAUUCCAUCAAAACCUGGAUAAUACUCCUGGUCCUGGGUUCUACAACAUCAUUCACCAAUCUCCAGUGUUCAACAGUGUCUCACUGUCUAAGAAAGGAACAGGAGCUUUCCCAUCUCUGUGUUCUCGGCUGGACUCCUUCAUUUCUAAAUAUCCUGCUGCCAACACUUACACUAUUCCAUCAGGUUUAAUGUCAAAGAAAGAUUUCAGUACUACCUGUUCCAGCAUGUUCCAGUUGCCACGCUCUAGAAAAGUUCUCACAUUCGAAACUCCUGCACCAAACCGUUACAAUACCUCUGUUGCUAUCUGUAAGCAGAACAACAAUGUCUGUGCUCAAGCUGGGUUUCUGUCAAAAACCCAGAGAAGAUUUUUCAGGGAUACUGAAUCAGGACCUGCUCCAGGGCAAUAUAACAUUAAUGAAUCUCUGGUGAAGCAAUCACCGAAGGUAUUAAUAUCUUGUUUUAAAUCUAAAACUGACCGUGGAUUAAAAGUUAUGUCUACAGGCCCAGGACCUGGUUAUUACAACCCAAAUGAUCACAUCAAAAUUCCAAAAAAGGCUCUUACCCCGUGA